CCUCAGAAACCCAUUCGUUGUUUCUUUAUUUGGUUAUGAUUGGCUUUCAUUCGUGGACUACUGGGUUUGGUACUAAUGAGUGUUGAGUCCAUUGGAAGAGGGUUAGAUCUUGAAUUUGAGCUGAGAACCUUAAAAGAACAACUGGGUUUGGUUUCUUUUUGGCUUAUAAUUAUGGUUUCUUCUUUUAACAGUGGCUGUUUUGGAUGCUGCACUAAACCCACGCCAAUUAUUGCUGUGGAUGAGCCAUCGAAAGGAUUGAGAAUACAAGGGCGAGCAGUGAACAAACCUAGCAUAUCAAAUGAUUUUUGGAGUUCCAGCACAUGUGACUUGGACAACAGUACUGUUCAGUCUCAAAGAAGCAUUUCAUCAAUCAGUGUAUCAAACCACAAUCUUGGUAGCAGCACUGGUAGCUUGAGCACCAAUAAUGAAUUUGUAAAUCAUGGUCUCCUUCUCUGGGAACAGAGAAGGCUUCGAUGGGUUGGAAGUGGCACAUCUGGGAACCAAAAUCAGCGAAGAUGGGAAUCCAGAUUAAGCUGGAAUGCAACUGAAGUUUUGCUAGGUUCCAGAAAUCCCUUUCCUCGGCCCAUCCCUCUUUCUGAGGUGGUUGAUUUUCUGGUGGAUGUAUGGGAGCAGGAGGGAUUGUAUGAUUGAUGAAUUUCAAUUGUGAAGAUUGUCUCACCUUUUUCACAUAUAUUCCUAUAACUCGUAAGAAUCUUCUGUAAUUUGUAAAUAGCCAUGUACAAAAAGAAGAGAGAGAGAGAGAGUGAGAAAGUCCAAGGAAGUGCUUCCACUCAGUUGUAAUUUAAUGUCAAAUAACCAUCCUUUUCUUGUUCUGUAAAUGCCAUGUUGAAAGCAUAUUGUGUACCGAAUACAGUACUAGCCACUCUUCUAUUGAAUGCA